AUGGUGUGGAUGCAAGCGGCGCGGAGAGGUCGAUUCGGACCGACGAGACCUCCUCAACAAGACGAUGGUGAGGCGACCGUCAAUGCCAAUGCGAAAGAUGUUGUCGACGGCGGCGGCAGCGACUACGACGAGAAUGGAGAGAGACGAUUCCCCUUCGCGCCAGAGUCAUUACCCGACGACGCCCUCCCUUUCAUCCCCAAGGAACUGGUCCUCGAAUGUACCCAGCGGUCGAAACCACAAGAUCAAGACAGAACCCAGGAUGACGCACAAAGAGGUCUCGACGACGACCAGGGAAGAGAUGAAGAAAAUCGCUCCAACCCCGCCGAGCGCUCCGGCCGCCCCGAGCGCUGGAUCGUCAUCGACAACAUCGUCUUCGACUGCCGCGACUUCCUCGCACACCACCCGGGCGGCGAACAGGUCAUCCUCAGCUUCGUCGGCGAGGACUGUUCGUGGCAGUUCUGGCGGCUGCACGGCAAAACCGUCAUGGAGCAGUACGGCCGGGCACUCCGGGUCGGGAGGACCGAGGGCGUCAAAAACCGCUUCGUCGAGCCCGUCAGGUAUGUCGGUUUGUCGGGGUUGGGGGAUGAUGGGUGGUGA